GGGUGAAAUAUUACGUAGCUUAGCAUCAUUGGUUGUGAUCAAACUUGUGUGUAGAACUAGAGGGAAUAAAUACAGCUCCUGUCUUGAUAUUGGAUUACCAUUGAAUCUCAGAGAUGGGGUCUUUUAUGGGGCAUGCUGUACCAGGGACAUUGUUCCUGUUGAUUGGUGUAUGGCACGUAUGGUGCUCUUUGGUGAGGCAGGUGUUGAAUCCCAAGUUUUUUCAGGUCAGAGUUUGGAAUCCGGUUCCUGGUUACAAUGGAAAACUGAAAUAUUUGGAGUUGUAUGUUAUAUCUGCCGGGGCUUUUCUUGAUAUGUGUAUAGAGCUUUUAUAUUCACCUCACUUCAAUUACUUUGUUGAUGGAGUAUUGAACCCAACUCACAUGAAUGAUUUUGAACAUGGUGGAAUGCUUCUCAUGUUCUUCGUCUAUGGUGUUGUCAUGUUGCUGUCUGAGAAAACCAGCUUGUUUCCCUUGCCAGAUGGAGCUUUAUGCUUUGUCGCUGCCACAGCAUUUUGUGCUGAGUUCUUACUAUUCUUCUUUCACUCGACUACACAUAGAGGGCUAGAGGGCCAUUACCAUCUCAUCCUCGUCCUCCUUGUAGCGCUGUGCAUAUUUUCUGUAAUUGCAGGAGCCCUUGUGCCAAACAACUUUGCAAUUGAUUUGUCUAUUGGCAUUUCUAUGACACUACAAGGCCUUUGGUUCUACCAGACAGCAUUUUCACUCUACGGGCCGUCAAUGCCAUACGGCUGCAAGCUUGCAGAGAACAAGGUUGUUUGUAAUUCAGAAAACCAUGAGGUUCGAGGAAUGUUACUUGCCAACUUUCAGUUAUACUCUCUUGUUUUUGGCGUCAUGAUUGCAGUUGUUAGCUCAUAUGGUUUCGCAGUUAAGAAAUAUGGUCAACUUGGCAUAAGAAGUUAUCGGGGUUAUGGUUAG